AUGGAUCCAACACGACAUAAAAUUCGAGCAGAUACAAACGAAACUUCCAUACCUCUUGCACCCGCUUUCAUCCCUUCAUAUCCUCCUUCACCGACACCAACACCAUUAGACCUUUCCAUCUCUUACGCUUUAUCAGAUUCUUGUUUGAUGUAUCUCGGUACUCUCCUUUCCUCAGCUGAAUUCCUCACUUGUUUACCUUUCUCCCUCUUACUCACUUCGAGCUCUUCUUACUCUUCCAUGCUUUCCGAUGCCAUGUCGACGGGAAAUUAUACGUACCUCAAUGCGCUGGUGGGAUAUACACAUUCUCCUCAACCAUCAGGAGAACAAUGUGAUGCUUACAUGGCCGGAGUGGCUAGUGCUUUGACGGGAAAAGGGAAUUGUCUAUCGGAUAUCAGGAUGGGAAAGGCUGUGGCGUUGGAGAUACUGGUCGGGAUAGGGAACUAUGCUUUGCUUAGGAAAGCCGAGGGGUUGUUGGAUUCUUCCGGGAGGUUUUGUUAUCUUGAUGCCGUGGCGGAUGGGAGACCGGAUGAUUUGUAUUUGUGGAAUUUACCUGCUGGUAUAGCCCUCCCUUCCACUUCCCGGCCCACUUGCUCGGCUUGCUCGGCCCAACUACUCAAUCUAUACACAUCUUCCCUCUCUUCCACCCCCACACUCAACUCCACCAUAGUCAAUUCCGCCGUCCAAAGUGUCAACUCAGCCUGCGGAUCAACGUUCGUUUCCUAUUCGGCCACAUCGGCGGCUUCACCGUCUCGGAGAAUGUGGAAUUUAUGGCUAGGUACGGUGUUGUGUGGGAUAUGGAGCAUAUGGACAUUAUUGUAG